CCGAUGUUCAUUCAUCCAUCUAGACUGGGAUUGACCCUAUAGACUCCCCUCUAUACAUGUUGUCGCGCUGUCCUUCAUCUCAUGCCGUCAACCAGCCAGCAAUGUCAUCACUGCUCGCGAGUGCAUGCCCCUUGACAAGCAGCCGCCGUCGUUCAGCUAGUAAUCAGCCCAGUUUCUUCUACCAGAACAAGCAGCUGGAAUUGUAUGCUCGGCGGGAUGCGUACCCUCUGACUCUCAGACAACUGGUUUACUUUGGGCGGUCCUUAAACGAGAACAAGGUCCUCCAAAGCGCCAAUUAUGUUCGGAAGGAGCUGCCUGUUCGGAUUGCUCACCGGCUACGUGACAUACAGGCCUUACCGUACGUGGUUGUAACGCAGGAAGGUGUCGGAAAGGUGUACGAGUUGUAUUGGGCUGCAUUUGAAAAAAUCCGGCGUUAUCCUGAAGUCAGAAGUCUGUCUGAGAAUGAUGCUUUCUGUACAUUCCUGCAGGACCUCCUUGGCGAACACCGGGCCGUCAUCCCACUGCUUUCACUCGGCUUGUCUCUCUCCUCUCCGUAUUUACCUCCGGAGCAGCUUGAUUCAUUCAUGCGUCGCAUGCUCGUCAGCCGUUUAUCCAGGAGAGUGAUUGUGGAACACCACAUCGCUCUAUCGGACACUUACGCAGGACGUGACGCUAGAGGUGCCGAUGCCCACGUCGGAAUCAUUGACACGCGUCUAGAUGUAGGGAGGACCAUACAAAAAUGUUCUUCUUGGUUGAGAGAACGACAUCCCGAUGCGGAGCCAGAUGAGGUUCCUGGCAUUUCGACUGUCGCGUGGCCAGAAGUCGUUGUAGAGGGUCAGCUGGCAACCACUAUCUCGUAUAUUCGAGAGCACUUGGAAUAUAUCGUGUUUGAGAUUCUGAAGAACUCCAUGCGGGCGACACGUAGAUUCCACGCAACUUCCAAGUCUGUGCCCCCAAUAUAUGUCACAGUAGUCGGCAAUUCAGAUACAGUUGGCGUUCGCAUAUCUGAUCAAGGCGGAGGGCUAGUGACAAAGGCAAUCAAAUCACCUUCGGAUUUGUUUUCCUUCUCGCACGCUCGCAACGCGUCACGCUUGGAGGAUGAACGACUCGUUGCUCUGAGGACGGCAUCUUCGCAUCCUCACGGAAUCAGAGCGACUGUCGACGAACAAGUGAAAAGGUGGAAAAAUGGCUCCUCUCUGGGCGAUGGCGAUGUACCAGGUCGAGGGUCGAGUCGUGUCCUAUCGCGAAUCGGCAUAGGGCUACCAAUGAGUCACAUCCAUGCAACGUAUUUUGGUGGCAGCUUGGAAUUGGUCUCCUUGGAUGGUUGGGGUACGGAUUGCUAUGUCCGCUUACCGAGACUGGGUACCAACGUUGAGGGGAUCGAAGUUUAGCGGGAGUUUUCUGGGCGGCGGAACAUCAAUUUUGAUGCGGCGGUGAAGCGCGGUUGUUUCACUUUUCAAGAUGGAUUUUUACACUGCAUGUGACGGGCAGUAACAACCCGCCGGCGGACGCGCUUAAUCUGCAACGCUGAGUUGCCUCUAUGUGUGCACAGUAUCUAGGUAUAGAACCAUGCACGUUGUAUUUCCGUCGCUCUGUUCCUGUCAAUGC